GCAGGGGUUCACGCAUCAGAUGGACCGUCUUGGUGCCAGCUCGCACUCGAGUGGUGAGUGCCUUGGGCGUGUGUCUGUUUGUCCGUGACCCAUGCACGCAGGUUCGUACAUGGCAGACGCACCAUGCGCCUCAGCUCAGCUCCGUCGUCCGGCCGUUAGUCGUCAUGGAUCAUGGAUUGCAUCAGUUCCUUUCUUGCCCCGGCCCGAGCCUCAUCACCCACCCCCUCUGCCUCUCUCCCGUCCUUUGCCCUUUUCGAUCUCACAUCGAGGUCGAACAAUGCCUUCUGCCCGUCGUCCUAUCUUUGUCAUCGAGGCACAUACCGUUCCAUUGCAGAUGGGGGCUGCGUGUCAUCUCGUCCCCCCGGUUUGACUUAUGAGGCUGAGAACAUCGCACCGUCCCGGCAUAGGCCUCUUGCCCCAGACUUUCGUCCACCACCAGCACGGGGUCUGUUGCCCUCGAACCUCUUGCUAUCUUCUUCCGGCGCCACAGCCCCCUUACAUCGACUGCCUGUCCCUGCGACGGUGGUUUCCAGAAACGUGAUCUACGCAAGCCUUACUCGCCGACAGGCCUAUUCAGCCAGCAGGGCUGUGCUCUGCUAAGUUUGGCCUUGUGCUUCCCCGACCUGCAGGACCCGGCAGUCGUCCACCUUGCCCACGCUUCCAUUUUGGGAUUCCACAAUGGCCAGCCUGAGGAAUAUCAUGAACGUCGAUGACGAUCAUGUCGACUCUCAUUCCUUAAAGAAGUCAAAGGACUCGGCUCCGAGAUCUUCUCAUCACCCCGACCCGGCCGCAUCCGCCUCAAACUAUGCCAACCCAGCUGACCUUUCCGUCACCAACUCGUCAGCACCAACAGGAAUAGCAGCGAGAGGUCAUAGCUUGAAUCCUCCCGCUCACGGCUUACCCUCACUCGACGUCGACACGACUUCGUCGUCGUCCUUCGGCCUGAGCCACGCUACUACCAUCUACACACAGGACCGGCGCCAAAGCAAUACCAGCACCGACUCGAUGGACUCACCGUACGGUCAGGGCCACGGCCACGGACACCCAGGUGGCUCGUACUCGACCACGCCCAUGAGACCCUUCGUCCCUGGAGCAGAAGCCCCCGUCAAGCUCACUCCCAUCACUGGCAGGGUAAGCCGGGCUAAGAAGGGCCUUGCGGUCCAUACCUGUGAGACUUGCCGACCGCCAAAGACCUUCACCAGGGCCGAACACCUACGGAGACACCAGCUAAGCCAUCAGCCUCCGGAGCUGUCCUGCCAGGUCCCCGGAUGCGAUAAAGUCUUCCAUCGCAAAGACUUGCUCGACAGACAUCAGCAGAAGCAUGACCAGGACAGCCGAACGGGCAAAAGCACCCCCCGACAGGGCUCAGCAGCUCGGUCCUUUGGUUCCAGGAGCCCCAGACAUGGCUCAUAUGGCCCGUCUCCUCCUGGCUCCAUGAUGCCCAUUUCACAUCCUUUUAGCAGCCCACAGUCCGGCCCAACGAGUGCCGCCAACACCUCUUCGCAGGGAGUCCACAUGAUGCCUGGACAUUGGGCAUCCAGUGGAGGCGCAGCACCUCACAUACGAAGCACGUCGGACAACUUCUCUCUCAUGGAUCCGGUCCCAGGCUUGCAAUCUGCUGCAUCGAAGGCCUCCGCGUUCACACCGAAUCGGCCGCCCACGGGUUUGGGAGUAAUGGACGUCCCGGAGCUUAAUCUGCAGAAUGUCAGCUCGGCCAACGUGCCUUGGCAGGACAGCUCUGCGGUGGUCUCGUCAUCGUCUGGGAGCAGCUAUUCCACGCCACCAUCGGAAGCGUCGAGAGCUCCAGCCACGGUGCGCGCCCCUAGCGCGGAGUGGACAAGCCCAUUGGCACCUCCCCCCGUUUCCAGAAGCCUGCAAAGCCCUAUCGCAGGUUCCGAUGCAUAUUCUGCGCCUUUUGGCUACGACUCCUCUCCGCCUACCGUAUAUCCGUCCGUGUACGGAGAUGGUGCCGGCGUGCUACUCCCCGGGUACGACGACUCGCUAUACACGCCUCAAAUGCCAAGCAGCACAGUUCGUAACAGCCUGUCCCCUCAACUAGCCGUGGGUCCAUCCUCCGAGACUCUGGUCACCGCGCCGGCAGCCCUCGCCCCUGAUCGGGUAAUCAGCCCCAUGCUGUGCAGUCGCCAACCUGAUACGGCGUUUGGGUUCUUGAUGGCUGGGGAUCUCAUAAACGUGCCCCUGAGCCGGGAGGCUCGCAACGAGAUACCAGUAUACAUCAACAAGUAUUGGGAGAAGGUCCAUCCUCUCUAUCCGAUCAUCCACCGACCAUCGUUCGAGGAAGCUUCUGGGGUGGAUGCGCAGCAUCAUGACAUUCUCCGCUGCGCCAUGGCUGCGGUGGCGACUCAGUUUCUGGAGCACAAGGAGCAUCGAAUUAACGGCAGCCAGCUGCACGCCCACGCCUUGCACGAAUGCAAGAAGAUCCCGCAAUCGAACUGGUCCCUCUCUAUCAUGCAGGCACUACUGCUCUGUGAACACUACGCCCAGUUCAGAGGGCGUAGCAAGGAGUCAUACCUUCCGUCGGGGCAAUUCAACGCCUUGUGCCAAAUGGUCGCCACUAGCCAAUUUGCCUUGGACUCGAUCACGCUCGGGUGCGAUAACUUUCAGCGUUGGAGGUCGUGGAUUCACUUGGAAUCGUGCCGAAGGAUACUCUCGGCGUGCUUCCUUCUGAGCGUUCACGGGAUAUGGUACUACGAGCAGCCUGUCACCUCCUUCCUCGGCCUCGACAACUUCUCGCCCAUGAUGCUGAGCAUUCCUCUGUCGGCGGGCACAAAGAAAGCUUGGGAGGCCGAGACUGCGGAUGCUUGGGCCAGCAUUGACUUUUCAUCAAUCAAGUCAAGGACGGUGGGAGACGCCAUGCAGGAGCAGUUGUCGCCGAUUAUGAUUGAGUCGAUGCCGCGCUUUGAUUCGUCGCUUCUUCUUGCGGCGCAUGCUCUGCAAUUGCCCCGACGGCGGAAUCCCACCGAGGUGGACAUGUUUCAGGAUGCCUCGUGCAUCAAGCCGCACGACAUGGUCAUUCCCACGCUCUUCCAGCACUCGCCGGGCGGCUACACGUAUCUGGCACUUCACUACACGCCUCUUCAGUGCCUGUUGUCCGUGUCUGGGGACAGCUGGAUACUCAACAACAAGGUCUCGCAUUCCAGCGUCUUCACUGAUCACAAAAUGAAGCUGCAGAAGUGGCGCAGAUCUGGCAAUGCCGCUGCUGCGACGGUAUUUGCCGCCAAGGCGCUCAAGAUAUUCUUGAGCCUCGGCCCCAGUGCCCUCGGCCAUAACGACAUUCCACUCGCAAGUCCAAAGAGGAACCUACCAUGCUGGACUGACAUUUCUGACUUUUGGGGCGUGUACGUCUGCGCUCUCAUCUGCUGGGCGUUUGGGUACGAAGGGAAGCGCAACCCUAGCAAGUCUUCGCGUGGCGCGGCCGUGGGCUGGCUCCUCACCGUCUCGGAGCUCGAACCUGGAGACCUUCAGAACCUCACCGGCCGGGAGGAGUCGCAGGGCGUCGUUGGUCUGGUCCACGAUGUGCUCGACAGGGAUUGCCUAGGCGGGCGCAACAUCUUAUAUUCCGACGCGGUUCGCGUCUUGCGGAAGCUAGAGGAGGUGGACAACUGGGCCUGGAUUUAGAUGGAAACGUGCAUUAAAACGGUGUUUUGUUUGCGGUUGCCGAAGAAGUAAUGUGUUAUGAUUGGUAUGACUGGGCGGGCGGUAGGACGGAUAACGAAACACGGGCGCAUGGGCGUGGAGUGGGUGGCAUACGUAUCACGGGCAACGGCACUGUUUGGCUUUGUGCCUGUGGACGGCGUUUCUUGGUGUUCUGUCUUGAUUUUUCUGGCAUGGCAUUUUUGGUCUUUGUUGCAUCCUCUCCUUCAAGUCACAACUCAUGGUCUCAACGACCGCAUCUCGCAAUGCAUAGACAGGCCCGCGAGGGCUCUUGGUCCGAAGUCAGUCUUAUAGUGGUGUC